AUGCUCAAACGUCAUGGCGGGCGCCAGAAACUCCCACCUGGUCCGCCAGCCCUGCUGUUCAUAGCCAAGUUGUUGUUGAUGCUUAAGAGCCCGAUCUACCAUUUGGGCCCUGUGCUACGCAGCUUGCAUGCCCGCUACGGCCCCAUCGUCUCCGUCUGUCUCGGGCGAACCUUCGUUUUCGUGGCCGACCGCCACCUCACGCAUAGCGCCCUCGUCAAGGGCGGCGGCAACUUCGACACCCGCCCACCGCCCAGCAAGCUUUUUACCCUGUUUUUAGGGGGCUCCAUGUCCGCCUCUCCCCUUGGGCCCUAUUUUCGUCUGGUCCGCCGCAACCUGCACUCCCAGGCGCUGCACCCGUCCCGCGUCAGGCUCUUGGCGCCGGUCAGGCAGCGCGUGUGCGACGCGCUCGUUGGCUCGCUGCGCCGCGAUCGCGAUGCAGCGUCCCAGGGCAUUGUUACGGUGAGGCCGUUGAUGGCGCGCUGUUUGUUCGAUCUGCUCACGAGCAUGACAUUCGGCGUCACGCUUGGCCAAGAGGCGUUGGAUGAGAUGCAACAGAUGCAGCUCCAGAUUUCCGACGGCAUCAGCAGGUUCCCCGUCUUAUCCAUCUUCCAGCCCAUCACCAAGAGGCUACUGCGGAAGGAGUGGGCGCUGAACGUGGCGCUACGGGAGAGGCAGAAGGGGCUGAUGCUGCCGCUGAUCCACGCGCACCGCGGCCACAAUGGCGCUCAAUGCUACGCCGACUCCCUCCUCGAGCUGCGUGUGGCAGAAGAAGGCGGUCGCCCGCUCACGGACGACGAGAUGGUAAGCCUCUGCUCCGAGUUCAUGAUUGCCUCAACCGACACUUCAGUGGCCUUGCUGGAGUGGAUCAUGGCGGACCUCGUAAACCACCCCGACGUCCAAGCCAAGUUGUACGAGGAGGUGAGGGGCAAGCCUGAGCUCAGCGAGGAGGAGCUGAGCGGGAUGCCAUACCUCAAAGCCAUCGUGCUGGAGGCGCUGCGGCUGCACCCUACGGCACACUUAGUCUUCCCGCACGGCGUGCAGAGCGACACAGAGAUUGGUGGAUACAUGGUGCCCAAGGGCGUCGACAUCAACUUCUUGGUGUCCGACUUUGGGCUUGACGAGACCGUGUGGCCGGCGGCGCGGGAGUUCCG